AUGGUCCCGUCUUUGCACCCUCAGUUCCGCUACAAGGAAGCCUUUGUGAAGGAGAAGGGCCAGCAGGUGGGGCUGCUCAGUGUCGAGGAUGACCCAAAGAUGGUGCACUCCCUGGCUGCCAGCAAGCUCCAGAGCAGCCAGGGGUACAAGAGGCAGGCUCAAGAGACGCGCUCCCAGUUUAAGAUGCAUGCCGACCAGCCUGAGUUCCAGCAGGCCAAGAAGAGCCAAGCUCUGGCCAGCAACCAGACCUACCGCCAGAGGCUCCAUGACUACACAUUUGACUCCCAGCAGCUCAACGUCCAACACGCCAAGCAGGCCUACAAGCUGCAGAGUGACGUGAGUGGACACGGGUGUGUGUGUGCGUGAUUGUGUGUGUGUGUGUGUGGGGGGGCUGUUUGUUAAACAAAUCGAAAAAGUGUUAAAUCAAAAUAUAUUUUAUAUUUGAGAUUCUUCAAAGUUGACACCUUUUGCCUUGAUGACAGCUUUGCACACUCUUGGCAUUCUCUCAACCAGCUUCAUGAGGUAGUCACCUGGAAUGCAUUUCAGUUAACAGGUGUGCCUUGUUAAAAGUUAAUUUGUGGAAUUUAUUUCCUUCUUAAUGCGUUUGAGCCAAAUAAAUUGUGUUGUGACCAGGUAGGGGUGGUAUCCAGAAGAUAGCCCUAUUUGGUAAAAGACCAAGUCCAUAUUAUGGCAAGAACAGCUCAAAUAAGCAAAGAGACGAGUUUCAGAAGAAAGUUAUUUGUUUCUGGCCAUUUUGAGCCUGUAAUCGAACCCACAAUUGCUGAUACUCCAGAUACUCAACUAGUCUCAAGAAGGCCUGUUUUAUUGCUUCUUUAAUAAGCACAACCGUUUUCAGCUGUGCAAAAACAAUUGCAAAAGGGUUUUCUAAUGAUCAAUUAGCCUUUAAAAAUGAUCAACUUGGAUUAGCAAACACAACGUGCCAUUGGAACACAGGACUGAUGGUUGCUGAUAAUGGGCCUCUGUACGCUAUGUAGAUAUUCCAUUACAAAUCAGCUGUUUUCAGCUACAAUAGCCAUUUACAACAUUAACAAUGUCUACACUGUAUUUCUGAUCAAUUUGAUGUUAUUUUAAUGGACAAAAAAAUUGCUUUUCUUUCGAAAACAAGGACAUUUCUAAGUGACCCCAAACUUUUGAACAGUAAUGUAUAUUGAUUUGUUUAACACUUUUUUGGUUACUACAUGAUUCCAUAUGUGUUAUGUCAUAGUUUUGAUGUCUUCACUAUUAUUCUACAAUGUAAAAAAAAUAUUAAAAAGAAAAGAAAAACCCUUGAAUGAGUAGGUGUGUCCAAACUGUUGACUGGUACUGUAUAUACACUGAGUGUAUAAAACAUUAGGAAUACCUUCCUAAUAUUGAGUUGUGCCCCCUCCCCCCCCCCCCCCCCCCACGGGGUCUGUUGCAGGUGGACUACAAGUCAGAUCUGAACUGGAUCAGGGGUGUGGGCUGGACCCCACCUGGCUCUCAUAAGGUGGAGAUGGCCCGGCGGGCUGCAGAGCUGGGUCUGAGGGAGGGAGUGAGCACUGAGGAGGCCAUUGCCCAGUACCAUCACAUGAUGAUGGUGAGAGAGAGACAUUACAAAAUACAGCAUGCUUUUCUGUAUAUAAUCAUAAUAAUUGCAUAUUAUAUUGUAUGCAGUAAAGAUGACUAUCUGUUCAUGGCUCGGUGCGUCUAGACAUGGUAUUAUUCACAUUGAGACCCAGGUCAUAUUGAGACCCAGGUACCAAUAUUUUGGGUACCAAAAAUAUCUGCAGCAUUGAAGAUCCCCAAGAACACAGUGGCCUCCAUUAUUCUUAAAUGGAAGAAGUUUGGAACCACCAAGACUCUUCCUAAAGCUGACCGCCCGGCCAAAUUGAGCAAUCGGGGGAGAAGUGCCUUGGUCAGGGAGGUGACCAAGAACCCGAUGGUCACUGACAGAGCUCCAGAGUUCCUCUGUGGAGAUGGGAGAACCUUCUAGAAGGACAUUCAUCUCUGCAGCACUCUACUAAUCAGGCCUUUAUGGUAGAAUGGCCAGACGGAAGCCACUCCUCAGUCAAAAGGCACAUGACAGCCCGCUUGGAGUUUGCCAAAAGGCACCUAAAGGACUCUCAGAACAUGAGAAACAAGAUUCUCUGGUCUAAUAAUAAUAAUAAUAAUAAUAAUAAUAAAGAUUGAACUCUUUGGCCAAGAUUGAACGCCACCCAAGUCAGACUGUUCUCUCUGCAACCGCAUGGCAAGUGGUACCGAUGCACCAAGUCUGGAACCAACAGGACCCUGAACAGCUUCUACCCCCAAACCAUGACACUUCUAAAUAGUUAGUCCGGGUAGCUAUUGGUUAUCUAUUUAACUAUCUGCACUGACCCUUUUUGCACUAACUCUUUUGACUCAUCACAUACGCUGCCGCUACUGUUUAUUAUCUAUCCUGUUGCCUAGUCACUUUAUCCCUACCUAUAUGUACAUAUCUACCUCAAUUACCACGUACCUCUGCACAUCGACUCCGUAGUGGUAUCCCGUGUAUAUAGCAGAGUUAUCAUUACUCAUUGUGUAUUUAUUCCUUGUGUUAUUAUUUUUAUAUUAUUUUUCUUUUUUUACUGUUGGGAAGUAAGCAUUUCACAGAUCUACCUGUUGUUUACGAAGCAUGUGACAAAUACAAUUUGAUUUGAUUUUAUGAUUUGAUUUGAACUACCACUUAUCAGACUUGCUUUCAAUGAGAAUGACAGACCUAAUACUCACAAUUCUAUCUGAAAUGAGUCGGGUCAUACACAAAACGACAUAUUGAAGGUGUAAACACGCCCAAACUCUCUUUUCAUCCAUCAGCUCCAGCACCAGCAGCAGAUGGAGGAGCAGCAGCAGGCGUCAGAGCAGGUUGAGACCAGCAAGGAGUUCCAACAGUCGGGAGUCAAUCUAGAUGCCAUGGAGAUCCUCCACGUCAAGAGGAAGAAGACCAUCCAAACGGUGAAGAAGUCCACUACCACUUCCUCCUCCUCCAUGGAUAGCAGCGUCAAGAAGUUAAUGAUGGCUUCCAGCUCAGCCACUGCCUCAGCCAUAGAGUCAAUGAUGGCUUCCGCCUCUGUCUCAGCCAUCGAGGACACAGUCAAGACGUCCACAACGAGUGAGGCAUCGGCCAUAGAAAAUGCUUAG